CCAUACUGGUCGAGCAACCAAUUCGGGCGGACCGCGCCAUCGUUGCAUCGAUAAAACCCCUCGGCACACGCUCCGUCUCCACUCCAUUUCACAUCUCUCCUCCGGCAGCACACGAAAUCAAAAGAAGGGGAACGGAGUAGAGCAAGGCCAUGGAGAGCUACGACCGCGAGUUCUGGCAAUUCAGCGACCAGCUGCGCCUGCAGACCGCGGGCUUGUCCGCCCUCUCUCUCGGCGACUCCAUCUGGUCCCCUGCCGCCGACCGCCACAACGCCGACCCGGCGGCCAGCCUCUUCAGCUCAGCGGACCCCUUCCGCUCCGCCGCCGCCAAGAACAGCAACCUCAACGACAGCGGCCCCGGCCUCAUCGGCUCCGGCAAGCUCGCCUUCGGCGCCACCACCACCAGCAAGGCCGACCGAUACAACAACCUCCCCGCCGCCGCCGACAAGGCCCUCUACAGCAACAACUUGAACAAAGGCAGCGGCUAUGCCAAGAACAUCAUCGACAGCAACAACAUCUUUGCGUUCAGCAAGAUGGGGAGCUACAACUACAACAGCAAUAACAGUGACCGCGGGGAGGUGAAGAGCUACUUCAACAAGUCAGCCGGGAGGCCGGCGAGCAACAACAACCACCACCAAGCCGGCAAGAAGGCCGCCGGCGGGGACUAUGGCAAGAAGAAGCACGCCAAGAACGAGAGCAACAACGGCAACGGCGCGGGGACGGACAAGAGGUUCAAGACGCUGCCGGAGUCGGAGGCGCUGCCGAGGGGCGAGGCCGUCGGCGGCUACAUCUUCGUCUGCAACAACGACACCAUGGACGAGAACCUCCGGAGGGAGCUCUUCGGAUUGCCGUCGAGGUACAGGGAUUCUGUGAGGGCGAUCAGACCAGGGCUGCCCCUCUUCCUCUACAACUACUCCACCCAUCAGCUCCACGGAAUCUUCGAGGCCGCGAGCUUCGGCGGGACAAACAUCGACCCGACGGCGUGGGAGGACAAGAAGUGCCCCGGCGAGUCCCGCUUCCCUGCGCAGGUGCGGGUGGCGACGCGGAAGAUCUACGACCCGCUGGAGGAGGACGCCUUCCGCCCCAUCCUCCACCACUACGACGGGCCCAAGUUCCGCCUCGAGCUCUCCGUCACAGAGGCCCUCGCUCUGCUUGACAUCUUCGCGGAGAACGACGACGCCUGAACUUGCACAUCAUGCUGCCUGCCUGGCCGAUCGACGUUCAGGGGGACGCCGAUGGAAUAGCACGCAAUAAAAUCGACAUGUGUAUGAUAUACCGGUUUUGCGACAUGUGUAACAGGAUCCCUAGUACCCUUGGGGGCUGAGAGAAGCAUGCGUCCCGUUAUUGUUUGUCAUGUGCGAUGAUUGCAGAGGAUAUCAGCCCUCGUUCCUGUUAAGAUACAUAUUUACACUUACGGACGGCCAUGUAUAAACCACUGGAGUUUUUAUGCUGUUUCUUUUGUUGAACACAUGAAUAAAGCACCAGAUAAGAGUGUUACUUUCGAA